CUUUCACCAGUUUCUUCUUUUAUCAUGGAAAACACAGAGGAACGUCAUCCUGCACAGGAUAUUGUACCUGAUUUUGACAAAUGGGCAUGCAAUGCAAACGAAUGCAUGACUUUGGAAAUAAGAUCUCCCUUUAUGACUACUUCUUUCCAACCUACCUUUACAUAUCCUCUUUUUGGUUCACAUGAGACAAUCUUUGGUUAUAAAGAUCUGGCUAUAGAGAUCAAAUAUACCAAUGGAUCACUACGUGCCUUUGUUGACAUUACCUAUUCUGCCAAAUAUCAACCUUCUUCUUCUUCGUCUUUCUCCUCCGGAUCACCUAUUGAAGCUGACGAUAUAGCUGGUCCUUUGAAAAAAUACAUGUCGCAAGAUACUACCACCAACAUUGAUGCAUUUGAUAAGAGUGUUAAGGAAGACGCAGCCACUUUCAGACCUUUGGGUGAAAAGGUAUACGAAUAUCAAGUAGAAGCUGACGCAGAAAACGAAGAUGAAGAUUAUGAAAUUUACAAGUGCUCAUUCAAAGAUCCUCGAUUCCGUGAAUAUCAUCGACGAAUGCAAUUCUUUGUCUUACUUUUUAUUGAAGGAUCAAGCUAUAUUGAUGAUGAAGAUGAAAAAUGGGAAAUAUAUACAUUAUACAAACGUCAAAAGAAAGGUGACGAAAGUAUAUACACUUUUGUAGGAUAUUGUACCGCAUAUCCUUUUUACUGUUGGCUAGAACAAACACGAAUGCGUAUUAGUCAAUUUUUGAUUUUACCAACGUAUCAGGGCAAGGGUCAUGGAGGACAAUUAUAUAGGACUAUCUAUGAAUUAUUUGCUCAACGAAAGGAUGUUUUGGAAAUCACAGUGGAAGACCCAAAUGAAGAAUUCUCGGAUCUACGUGAUAAGUCUGAUUUACGAUAUUUGCGGGAUCAUGGUGCGUUUGAUGGAAUUACUAUCCCAGUACCUCAAGAAACCAUACAACAAUUACAGAAAAAAUACAAAUUAACCAACAGACAAAUACAAACUUCUCUUGAAAUAUAUCUGUUAUCAAAUUUGAACAAACGUGACCGUGAAGCAUACAAAAACUAUCGAUUACAAGUAAAGCAACGUCUUUAUCGCUUCAAUUAUGAUACUUUGCAAGAAAUCGAACCUGAAGACAGAAAAGACAAGCUCCACGAAACAUAUAUGGGAGUAGAACAAGAUUAUCAUCGCUUAUUGGAAGAGGUUUAGAUUAGUUUUUUCUUUUUGAUUUUUUUUUUUUUUUUUU